UUAAAACAACGCAGAUGCCCAACAAGGCGCGGCCUCGUCGAGAGUGGUCUCCCCAAUCCCCGAUAAAUGUCUUGUGGAUGCCCCGCUCCGCCAUGAGGCCGGCCGAGGGCGACGCUCCGGACUGCAUCCUCGUGGUGGGCAUAUCGCGUCCCAAAAUGGCGGCCGCGUUCCUCUCGGUCGUCUUGAUCUCGCUCUUCCUGACGUUCCACGUGCUCUACGACAGCGCCAUCUACAGUCUGCACGCGAGCAGCGGCGUGGAGGGCCGCACGAUCGAGCUGGUCUCCCAGGCCCGCGCGACGCCUCCGCUCCUCUUCCCGGGCAAGGUCCACUUCCCGCGCACCAACCGCCAUCUUCCCCAGGCGAUCAUCAUCGGCGUGCGGAAGUGCGGCACGCGUGCCCUCCUCGAGAUGCUCUUCCUCCACCCGCAGAUCCAAAAAGCCGCCGGCGAGGUGCACUUUUUCGAUCGCGACGAUAACUACGGGAAGGGCCUCGAGUGGUACCGCCGGAAGAUGCCGUACUCUUUCAAGGGACAGGUCACGAUCGAAAAGAGCCCCAGCUACUUCGUCACGCCGGAGGUGCCGGAGAGGAUUCACGCGAUGAACGCGAGCGUGAAGCUGCUGCUGAUAGUGCGCGAGCCGGUGACCAGAGCCAUAUCAGACUACACACAGCUGAAGACCCACGCAGGGACGGCUUCGUCGGCGAUGAGCGGGACUCCUAGAACCAUACAACCAACUCGCAGCUUCGAGGAGCUGGUGAUAAAGCCGGACGGCACUAUCAACGAGUCCUACAGGCCUGUGGCCAUAUCCCUUUACCACACGUACAUGUACCGAUGGCUGGAGGUGUUCUCGCGCAACCAGAUUCUGGUGGUGAACGGCGAUCAGCUGAUCGAGGACCCAGUCCCGCAGUUGCGCAGGAUCGAGAGCUUCCUCGGGCUGGAGCCGAGGAUCGGUAGGCACAACUUCUACUUCAAUCACACCAAGGGCUUCUACUGCCUGAGAAACGAGACCGCGGACAAGUGUCUGCGGGAGAGCAAGGGUCGCCGACACCCUCGGGUCAGCCCGGUCGUGGUCACCAAGCUCAGGAAGUUCUUCAACGAGCACAACCAGCGCUUCUACGAGCUCGUUGGGGAGGACCUGGGCUGGCCCGAAGAGUAGCUCCCUAAG